UCAAGCGCGCGCGGCAAGUUCAAGUGUACAGCUGACGAUGCGCUAGCCGAGCGCGAACAUCUGAAUUCGAUAUUUGAUUUUGUUUAUUUUUUAUUUUUUUUUCAUAUCGAAACUCUAUGCUUUUUAUUUGAAGCCAGUAUACAUCAAUCCAGGAUGUGGAAGUGCUCUCUUUUAUUAGUGGCUUUGCUUUUAACUUUCACCAAUUCCGAGGAGGAAGCAGAUCGAGAUGGGCGAGGGGUUUUAGCUAAAAACUUCUUUGGGGGAGUGUGGGGUAACAGGCCUCCCCUUAUGGAAAAGAAUCAGCUCAAAAAAUCGUGUACUUGCAAGUGCGGCGAGAGAAACGAAGUAUCCCGUAUCGUGGGAGGGACGGAGGCGAGCAAUGACGAGUUCCCCUGGAUGGCCAAGCUGAUCUACAUCAAGCGAUUCUAUUGCGGGGGUAUGCUCAUCAACGAUCGAUAUGUCCUCACAGCUGCACAUUGUGUUAAAGGGUUUAUGUGGUUCAUGAUAAAGGUGACAUUCGGCGAACACAACCGGUGUAACGCGACCGUGCGGCCCGAGACGAGGUUCGUGAUCCGUGUCAUCUCCAACAAGUUCAGUCUCACCAACUUCGACAACGACAUCGCCCUGCUCAGACUAAACGAACGUGUGCCAAUGUCUGACGCUAUCAAGCCCAUCUGUUUGCCAACUGACAAGACUCUACUAUACGUUGGUGUAAAGGCCGUAGCUUCAGGUUGGGGAACUCUUAGCGAAGAAGGGAAAGUAUCUUGUACACUGCAAGAGGUAGAAGUGCCAGUUCUUAGCAACGAGGAAUGUCGCAAAACGAAAUACACGCCAUCUAUGAUAACAAAUAACAUGUUGUGUGCCGGCUAUCCGAAGACUGGACAAAAGGACUCUUGUCAGGGCGACAGUGGCGGUCCUCUUGUUACAGAGAGAAAGCAAGAUCAACGUUAUGAGCUGAUAGGUGUUGUGUCUUGGGGUAACGGGUGCGCAAGAGUCGGUUAUCCGGGCGUUUAUACACGAGUCACAAAUUAUAUUGACUGGAUCAAAGAAAAUACUCAAGACGCAUGUUAUUGUACAAGUUAA